AGGCUCGCGCAGCAGUACGGUUUUAGUAAGUGUAUAUAAAUGUUGAUUAGAUCAUCUUCACGCGUUAGUGUUUGCAAUUGACUUUUUGUGUUUCUUCGCGCCUUACACCGAUCCCGAACGAUCGGGCAAUGAAUAGGGUGCAAAUCAAGCACGCAUCAUCAAGCGAUGACACGUUGUAGCACAAAAGCACGCGCCUUUUUGCGAAGAGAGACAGCCUUCGUUUGGUUCAGAGUGGAUUUUGCAUAAUUUUCUUUUCUCACUACUAGAAAGUCAGAUAAUAUGCAAGGAGACAAAAUUCUUCUUGACGCAGCUUUACUAUGUGCGCGAUGUAUGCGACGUAAUUGAUAUGUGCAUGGGAUUCGAAACAACUAAGGGUAGGACUUUAUGAUCAGGAAAUAUAGAAGGUUGGUACUUACUCAGUAAAAGAAAAAGGAAAAUAAUGGAGAAUCCAUUUUCACAAGGCGGGAGCGAUCCCUGGUUUCAGGGUGGCUUCCAACAGGGUGGCUCAUCGAGCUCGUUUCCGACACAUCCAAUGGCACAGCAGCAACAGCAGCCAAUGGGAGCGAUGGGGCAGCCAGAUACGUUUACAGGCGAUGGCGGCGCCGGAGGUAUUCCCUUUUUUUUUAGAUGUGUACUGGCGAUUCUCUAGGUACUUAAUUGCUUUAUUAUACUUUCUUUGUAUCCUUUUUCUAGAUCAUCAUUCAGACAAAGCCCACCGCAUUUCAAUUUCUCGCCACAUUUCAGGUGACGGUGAACUAGGCAUCGAGAACGAACCGCCUAUCCUUGAAGAACUUGGAAUUGACAUUGAUGCCGUGAUGCAAAGGAUAAAGGUACAGUUUUUACUCUAGAAGUGCCAUUUGAGAUCCGAAUAUUUUCUUGUAACAUCUUCGAGUAAUAAAGCUACUACUCGUUAUUUGUACUAGUUGUAUAUUUAAGUCGCACGUCGACGGUUCGUCGUGUAGUGCUUUCGUUACCAUUCCGUGUGCGGGGUGAACUUUUCGUUCUUAUUUUACUUAUAGAGUAUGAUAAAAGUAAAACUAACAAUCUAAUUUCCAGGCCGUUGCACUUUUGAGACCCUUGCCACAGCAGAUCGUAUUAGAAGGCGAUCUCACGGGUCCGGGUUUGAUUGUAAUAGCGCUAAUGGGCGCGAUGCUUUUGCAGGGGAAGAUACGAUACGAGGUGAUUUAUACGUUGGUGACCGUGUCUUGUAUGGUCUCUUACCUCCUGAUAAAUUUGAUGGCGCAGAAAGGAGGCAUUGACUUGUAUUGCGUCAUAUCAAUGUUCGGCUACGGUCUGAUGCCCAUCGUCCUCCUCGCUUUCCUGUCAGCCUUCAUCUCGUUUAAGGCAUACGCGGUGGUUGGCACUGUCGCGGCACUCGUCACAAUAGCGUGGUGCACAGCUUCUAGUUCGCGCUUUGUCGAAAGUGCACUGGAUAGCCAUGACCAGCAGUACCUUAUCGCCUACCCGACUGGGCUUCUUUACGCUCUCUUUGUUGUGGUCACCAUUUUCUGAUUCGAGGGACGGCUAGCAGCUGCCCAACAGCACCAUCGUACCGACGAGCACCAAAGGACGACGCGCCGAAAAGGGAAAUAGCGCAGCGGACCCUACGAAAAAGGUCUUUCCGCUCGCCUAUAAUUAUCGUGGUGUUUGCGUCAAAGUCUACCUGUGCGCGUCCUCUAUAAUUCGUAGAGCCCCUUGUGUAUCAGAAUCUUCCAAGGAGACCCAGUCUGACUUGCGCACUCGCCGCAAAGUCCCUCCCUGUUUGCGCGUCACUCGAGAAAGCCUCUCGAGCAUCGUAUUACCCUACUCACCUGUAUUUCCUUAGGAAACGCUAGACAAACAGCGACCGACGACAUCUGAAGAGAGCGUGGAUUGCAUGUAUUAUGAUCAGCGCGGCCAACAAGAAAGUCAUGCGACACCUCUCAUUCCGUAGUUACAGUGUUCCUGGAUUCAAUGUGACGUGUCCACCUUCAU